UGCGCGUGGUGGGAACGGUAGCAAAGAUGGCGGCGCUGAAGGAGGAGCAGUGCUACGGACUGUCCUGUGGAAGAGUGAGCAACGGCAGCAAUGUCUCCGUCUUCCACGUUAAACUCACUGACAGCGCGCUGCGAGCGUUCGAGGGCUACCAAACCGGCAAGGUCCUGACAUCACGACCAUUGAUCAGAUUUAAUGGAAACCAAGGGAAAAUUUCAAUACCACGGUCAGAAAGUUCCAGUGAACUGCAAUCGUUUACUUUCUACCUGUCGCAUGUGGGCAGAGAUAACCCCCAGGGCAGCUUCGACUGCAUCCAGCAGUACAUCACCAGUGAAGGGAGCAUUCAGCUGGAUUGUUUGGGUGGGAUCCAGGACAAGAUUACAGUAUGUGCCACAGACGACUCCUACCAGAAGGCCAGGGAAAACAUGGCCCAGGUCGAGGAGGAGACUCGCAGUCGGAGUGCCAUCGUCAUCAAGCCCGGGGGGAGAUUUGUAGGUAAAAAGGUUCAGAUCCGGAAACCGGCACCUGGCCUCUCAGACGUCGCCCCGUUACGGAGGACGUCUCGGCCUGUCAUCAUCUCUAGCAGCACGCUCAAGAAGGGCACGCCUCAGCACAGGCCACUCCGAGAGCGCCUCACGCACCUGCUGGCCCUCAAGCCUUACAAGAAGCCUGAGCUGAUCCUGAGGUUGCAGAAAGAUGGCCUCUUGCCAUUAGACAAGGACUCCCUGGAUAGCCACCUGCAACAGGUGGCGAACCUGAAUGGGAAAGACAACACCUUCACAUUGAAGGACUUUUUGUAUAAGGAUAUUCAGAAGGACUGGCCGGGCUACACGGAAGGAGACCAGCAGCUUCUCAAGAGAAUCCUGGUUAAGAAACAGAGUCAGCCCCCGAGCAGCGCCGCCCCCCCACUGGAGAGCCCGCCCAAAGAGCUGGCCGGCAGCUCGCCGUCUCAGAAACGACCUGCUGCCGACUUCAUCGACCCUCUCGCCAACAAAAAGCCCAGGAUAUCGCAUCUCGCCAGCAAGGCUGCAACAGCCCCGGUUAAUGGCAAGCUCAGCUCCACCAAUGGGAGAGGGGAGGCAGGCGGCGCUCAGGCAGGAGUGGCGGUUUCAAUGUCGGACGGCGGCGUGACAUCCGGCUCCCAGCAGCUCCCCGUGCUGGACAUCCCCCGUCCUUUCGAAGCACUGUCGGACGUCAGCAAUGACUCCAGCCACAACGGGAGAGACUGUGACUCUCAGGAAACCACCGUGUCCGACAGGCUCAGCCAACCCCCCUCGCUGCUCCCGGUCCCGACGCCGCUCACCACGCCGCUCACCACGCCGCUCACCACGCAGAGCAUCGCAACGUCGUCUCCUGGACACACGGCCCCGGACGUGCCAAGGGACAAGAGUCCUCCGUCUUUCACCAACAAGUCAAGAAAGAAGUCAAAAAAGCAUAAAGACAAAGAGAAGAGCAAAGACAAGGAGAGGGUGAGAGAAAAGGCUCAAGAGAAGGAGAGGAAGAGUCGUGGGGAGCGAGUGCUUGAGCCUAACCAAGCCUGUGAGCUGAGCCCAGGGAACCUCAAAAGCAACAGUAUUCCACACAAAAGCACAGAUCUGAAUGGGAUGUGCAACAGUACCAGUAUUCCUACGUCGUCACCUGAGGUGGCAGGCUAUUUAUUGAAGUACACGGUGAUCGUCUCUCCGGAGCAGCGUCAGAGGUAUAAAAACGAUUUCAACGCCGAGUACAGCGAGUACCGGGGUCUGCAUGCUCGGAUAGACGGCAUCACACGGCAGUUCACUGUGCUCGACAAUGAGCUCAAACAGCUCCCUCAAGGCACAGACAAGUACAAGACAAUCCACAAUCAGAUACUUCAAGAGUAUCAUAAAAUAAAAAAGACUAAUCCAAACUAUAGCCAAGAGAAGAACCGCUGUGAAUAUCUACACAACAAACUGGCAUAUAUAAAGAGACUUAUUGCCGAGUACGAUCAACAGCAACUUUAAAAAAAGUAGUUAUUAGACAUUGUUUCCCUGUUGUCUCUGGAAACCAAGCAGAUAAAAAGGAAAACUCUGGAUUCCGCCUGUGCUUAAAAAAAAGUGUUCACAUGAAAGAUGCCAUGAAAGGAGUAUUCCCUUCUCAUUGGGGCCAAAGGCUCUGAUGAAGACUUAAGCGGGGACACACCAUAUUUUUCCUCUCUUUCCUUUUUUUUUUUCUUUUUUUUUUAGUUUCUUGUUUUUUGGAAGAUGGGGUUGUGCCUAGAGUGACCCGGUCCGUCUGUGUAGUAACAAAUGCAUCCAGGGGGGGGAAAAAAAAAAGGUUCUGCGUGGCUUUAUUUUUCCCUCAACAGCCCACCCUGCUUUAUAGCGCACAGACGUCUGAAAGAGUCAGACAUGGAGACUUUCCCACUUUCUUAGGAGAUAAUCCAAAUAAUCUUUCCUGCUUUUGAAACUGGAUGUUUGAGACCGAGAUGUAAACCUGCGGAUUGUACGCCAAGUGCAACUAAUUUAUAAUUAUGAUUUAUUUCCCCCCCAUAUUCUGAAACGAACGGUUAUGACGUUGAAGUUGUUUCUCCGUUUUUUUUUCCUUUUUAUUUAUUUUUUGACACUUAAUUUCUGGGGGGGGGGGGGGUUGAGUCUGUUUUACACUCCUCAAUAUCAGUACUUAAAAGCUGUCUCUCUUCUUUUCUGUCCUCACAUCUUGAAUGUCAGCCAGUAUUUUUAUUCAGAAGCUGCCUUGCCCGUCUAAUUGUCAGUCUGUUGGCGUUAAUUAUAUUUCUCUCUUUUAAAGAGAUGCAGAUAUUUAGUAUUGAUUGAAUCAAGACAAAGCAUCUAAAUGCACACAGUCGGACGCAGGUUUGUGUGCUCGGCAAACAAAACCUGUGCAGAUGUCUUAACAGAGGGGACAGAUGUGCGAAGGUCUCCGGUCCCUCUUCAGCCGUAGAUUUUCUUCGAUCACAGUCCUCCUCACUCAGUUGCGACGAGCCGUAGUGCUCAUCGGUUACAGCAGUUGGUCCUGAUGUUCAUCAUAACGUAUCAAUGGAGAACUACAUCUCGCUCUUAAUUGGUCGUCUUUCCAGUUUUAGGUCCUGAUGGCUUUUGUAGCAAUAGAAUAAUUCAAAGUUAUCGGAGGAGUAAAACGCCAGCGCUGCUCUUCUUCAUGCUUCAGAAAAAUCCUCUAAUUGUAAGAUGAUGCAGACGGGGAAUGCGGAUCUGUGUUUUUCUUUUCAUCCUUUAAAAAAAAAAAAAAAAAAAA